AAUCUGCCAAAUUUUAAUGUUUCGCCAUCUAUACAAAUAUGGUAGCGUGAUUUAUUGUUCAGAAAGUUUGCCAGUUGAAAUAUUAAUCUCAUAUACCGUCGGGUACGCGAGCGCCAUCUCUUGGUGAUAGUGUGCACGAGGAGAAGUUGCUAUAUGGCGAAGCCCACUAAAUGCCAUAGCAACACAUGGACAAGUUGAAGAGACGUAAACUAGCAACUUUAAACUAACCUCAAAAUUUGUCCGCGAGUUGCAUCGUUUUUGUUGGCAUAGAAAAUUAUUAAUAUUCCUUAAAGGAUAUCUAUUUUUUAUUAAUUUCGUCUAAUAAAUUAAUAUAUCAAAGGAAAAAUUUACAGACAACGGUUGUUCCAAACACAUCAUAGAUUCAAGCCGGGUAUCAAGGGGUUGUAAAGAAUAUGAUGCCCAUAGGCUCACAGGCCCCUUCAGCACAAGGAGCUCCCUCAAGUAACUCAUCUUUGACCCCUACUGGUAGCUCAAACAAGUCGAGUAGCAAUUUAAAGCCCAAUUACACUCUGAAGUUUACUUUGGCUGGACAUACAAAAGCAGUUUCUUCAGUAAAAUUUAGCCCAAAUGGAGAGUGGCUUGCAAGCUCUUCUGCUGACAAAUUAAUUAAAAUUUGGGGUGCAUAUGAUGGCAAAUUUGAGAAAACUAUAAGUGGACAUAAGUUGGGAAUAAGUGACGUAGCAUGGUCUAGCGACAGUAGGUUACUGGUAUCCGCCUCAGAUGACAAAACCUUAAAAAUAUGGGAGCUUGUAUCAGGCAAAUCACUAAAAACCUUAAAGGGUCACAGUAACUAUGUGUUCUGCUGCAAUUUCAAUCCACAAUCAAAUCUCAUAGUCUCUGGCUCAUUUGAUGAAAGUGUCAGAAUUUGGGAUGUCAGGACAGGGAAAUGUCUUAAAACUCUUCCAGCUCAUUCUGACCCAGUGAGUGCAGUGCAUUUUAAUAGAGAUGGGUCAUUAAUUGUCAGCAGCAGUUAUGAUGGACUCUGUCGCAUUUGGGAUACUGCUUCAGGCCAGUGUCUGAAAACCCUUAUUGAUGAUGAUAAUCCUCCAGUAUCAUUUGUGAAGUUUUCUCCAAAUGGAAAAUAUAUUUUGGCUGCUACUUUAGAUAAUACACUUAAACUAUGGGAUUAUGCCAAGGGAAAGUGCUUAAAAACGUAUUCAGGCCAUAAAAAUGAAAAAUAUUGCAUUUUUGCUAAUUUUUCUGUAACUGGAGGAAAGUGGAUUGUCAGUGGGUCAGAGGAUAAUAUGGUUUACAUUUGGAAUUUACAAACAAAGGAAAUUGUACAGAAGCUACAGGGUCACACAGACGUUGUUCUAUGUACAACAUGUCAUCCUUCAGAAAACAUAAUUGCGUCCGCAGCGUUGGAAAAUGAUAAGACGAUAAAACUUUGGAAAAGCGAUACUUAAAUUUAAUUGUACUUUUAAGUAAUUUUUUUCUCUGUUGUACAAAAAACGAUAAUUGUUGUACAUUAAGUCGGUUUCGGUUGCCCACAAAGCUGGGCCUGUCUUUUGCAUAAACAGUCUUCUAAUUUAAUUUAACGUUAGUAUUUAAUUCAUACAUUUUUUAAUUAUGAACGUAAUUUUAGUGAUAAUAAAAUUAGUUAUUUUUA